AUGUGUAAUUAUUUAUAUUUAUUUACUCAGUCAAUAUACAUGAGCUCACAGUUACCGAAUGAGCGUGAUAUGCUAUUUGUAAAGAAAUUGAAUAGCUUUUAACAGAAGGGAUAGUAUGUACUACUGUGCACGUGAAAGAAUAAAAGUAGAAGUGUAGUAUAUUAUGUAUAUAUUAGCUAGUAAAUGUAUAUAUUUAUUAAAUUGAUUUCUAUUACAACAUAUAUAUAUAUGUGUGUGUUGUGUGUGCGUGUAUGUAUGUUAAAAAAUUCAAUACUAUUAAAAAUAUAAAAAUUAUUAAUUUUCAUUAAUUUCAAUAGAGGUUAUAAAUAACGAAAUGAUUAUGAUAAAUAAAAAAAAUAAUCUUAAGGGUUUUAAGACAAUGUGGAUUCGAUUUAAUGAAGAAACUACUGACAAACAUCAAAUAUUUUUUAAAGAACACUCGAUUAGAAAUCAGGAACCAGAACAUCCUAGAGGAAGGACAUUAUUUAUGUUAAAUAUUCCUCCUUAUGUUACAUCUGAAAAUUUAAAGAGAAUAUUUGGUGAUUUGUGUGGAAUUGUUUCUAAUGUUUAUUUUAUAAUUUCUAAGGGAUUCAAAACAGCAUAUAUAAUUUUUGAAAAUGAAUCUGAUUUAGAGAAAGCAUUAGAAAUUUCUGAUGACUACAUAGUAACAUUAAAUGAUGGGAAUAAUUUUUGUUUAACAGGAAUAAGAAAAUGGUGUAUUGAAUAUAACCGUUCUGUAUGCAAUGAAAAAAAAAUGAAAGAGGAAAUUGAAACUUAUAUGCAAAAUUAUGAUAAAAAAAUUGCUGAGAAAAUAAUAAAAGAAAAAAUGAUGGAGGAAGAAGUACAAAAUAAUGAUGGUUGGGUAACUGUAACAGGACGAAAGAAAAGAGGACAAUUUGCACUUUCCAGAAAAGAAUCUACAAUUAAUAAAGUGCAACAUAAAGAAGAACAAAAAAAUAAGAAAAAACAAUUACUUAACUUUUAUACUUUUCAAAUUCGUGAGAGUAAAAAACAGAAUUUGGCAGAGUUAAGAAAGAAAUUUGAAUUAGAUAAAAAAAGAUUACGAGAUUUAAAAUUAAAAAGAACAUUUAAACCAUUUUAA